AUGUCGUCCUUCGAGCCUGUUGUCGUCAUUGAUGGCAAGGGUCACCUUCUCGGUCGACUUGCCAGUAUCGUCGCGAAGCAGCUCCUCAACGGUCAGAAGAUCGUCGUGGUCCGCUCCGAGGCCCUGAACAUCUCGGGCGAAUUCUUCCGCUCGAAGCUCAAGUACCACGCCUACCUUCGCAAGAUGACCCGAUACAACCCUACCCGAGGUGGUCCCUUCCACUUCCGUGCCCCUUCAAGGAUCUUCUACAAGGCCGUCCGCGGCAUGAUCCCCCACAAGACUUCCCGAGGCGCCGCCGCAUUGGAGCGACUCAAGGUCUUCGAGGGUGUUCCUCCCCCGUACGACAAGCAGAAGAAGAUGGUUGUUCCCCAAGCUCUGCGUGUUCUGCGAUUGCAACCCGGCCGAAAGUUCUGCACUGUUGGUCGUCUGAGCCACGAGGUCGGCUGGAAGUACCAGGGUGUUGUUGAGAGACUUGAGGAGCGCAGAAAGGCAAAGGGUGCCGCGUACUACGAGCGCAAGAAGCUGGCGCUACGACAACAGUCUGAGGCCAAGAAGAACGCCAAGGUCGACAGCAAGACGGUUGACGCCCUCAAGUCUUACGGCUACUAA